GAAGUCGCCACGGGCGCCGGAAGCAGAGAGAGGUGCGGGGCGGGGACCCGUAAGAGUUCGCGUGACCGCGGCGCCGUGAGCGUGGACGGCUCGAAGAGCGCUCGCGGCCUGCAGGAGCCAGCAUGGGCCUCCUCAGCGCGGCGGCCCGCAUCGUGGUGCGCGGCGCCGACCGCAUGAGUAGGUGGACCAGCAAGCGGGGCCCACGCACCUUCUAUAAGAGCCGCGGUGCCAAGGGCACUGGCGUCCACGCCCGCGACGGGAAGUUCGUGCAGGUCAAGGAAAUGGUCCCGGAGCUGGUGGUGCCCGAGCUGGCCGGCUUCAGACUCAAGCCCUACGUGAACUACCGCGUCCCGGCGGGCACAGACGCGCCGCUGACCGCGGAGCAGCUGUUCCGGGAGGCAGUGGCGCCUGCCAUCGAGAAGGACUUCGGGGACGGCACUUUCGAUCCGCAGCGGCUGGACAAGUACGGCUUUGAGCCCACGCAGGAAGGCAAGCUCUUCCAGCUCUACCCCAAGAACUUCCCGCGCUAGGAGCCGAGCGGCGGCCGCCGGGUGUGCCCGGGGACUGCGUCCGGCCAUCGUCCCCUUCCGCUGGUCCCGGGGUGGGCGAGAGGGGAAGCAUUUCCUUCGUUUUGUUCCUAUUAAAGACCUUGGCUACCAUC